UCUGCUUAUGAAGCCUUAACCUUUGGGACUUUUUUGGACUAUGGAAAUAUUAAGUGUAUGGUCAAUUUUUUACCUACAAUAUAUCAUAAUUCUAUUUGGUUUCUCCUCAUGCUUAAGAAUAGUCGGCUACAGCAGCCAGACUUAUGGUGCAGGCAUGGCCAAGUCCAAGAACCACACCACACGCAACCAUUCCCAAAACUGGCACAGAAAUGGCAUCAAGAAACCCCAAUCACAAAGACAUAAAUCUCUAAAGGAGGUGAACCCCAAGUUCCUGAGAAGCAUGCACUUUUCCAAGAAGCACAAGAAGGGCCUAAAGAAGAUGCAGGCCAACAACAUCAAGGCCAUGAGUGCAGGUGCCGAGGGUGCCAAGGCCUUCAUAAAGUCCAAUGAGGUUAAGCCGAAGAUCCCAAAGGGUGUCAGCCACAAGCUGGAUCGACUUAACUACAUUUCCCACCCCAAGCUGGGGAAGCAUGCUCGUGCCUGCAUUGCCAAGAGGCUCAGGCUGUGCCGGCCAAAGGCCAAGGAUCAAACCAAAGCCCAGGCUGCAGCUCCAGCUUCAGUUCCAGCUCAGGCUCCCAAACGUUCCCAGGCCCCUACGAAAGCUUCAGAGUAGAGAUCUCUGUCUGCCAACAUGAGGAAUGAGGGACUGGUGUGAUCCUCCACGGGCUGACGUCUGUAUGGGCCUGGUGUCCUCCAGUGCUAUCCUCCCGUGCGUUGACAGUUCUGCCAUUACUCUCU